AUGCGCACUGUAAGCGGCGGAGUUUACUUGAAGCUCAGUGCUUCAAAGCUCAGUUCUGCACGACGACGCUCGAAUGAAAGUCAUCCUUGUCCCACGUCCUUCACGAGUGUAUUCAUUUCGUCACUGCAAUUUUGUCUGGGACUUCUGUUCUCUAAAUCACCAGCUUGGAUAGUCAUAUCCCCCUGGAGCUGUUACGCUUCGCCACAUUUUUACGGUUUAAAAAUUCAUCGGAAUCCCACCAUAACCAACAUGGUUACCGGAACCCAGGAAUUUCGUGCAAAGAUAACAUGGGCUGCCAGUGAUACGGUUAAUGAAUUUACCGCGGGAGCAGUCGGGGGGAUUGCUGGUUUGGUAAUCGGUCACCCUCUGGAUACGCUGAAGAUUCUCAUGCAAAAUUCUACGCAGAAGCCAAGUGCAAUUGAGAUCUUUAAGAAUAUCAGACAGUUUGGUGCAACGAACUUAUUCAGAGGUCUAACGCUACCAUUCUACUCAUAUGCAAUUACCAACGCUGUCACGUUCGGUGUGUACAAGACCACACUGAAAGAGCUAGACCCAACAGGGAAUUCAGUGUUCGCCUGUUUAGCUGCUGGAGCGGCAUCUGGAAUGGCUCAAUUGAUUCCUGCCACGCCGAUAGAACUCAUCAAAAUUCAACAGCAGAAUACAGCAAUCUCCUGUGGACCUAAUCUGAAAAUCAAACACUGCGUUCAGCUGAUUAUCCAACAACGCGGUUUACGUGGACUCUACGUUGGAUUAUCCAUGCAUGCUUUACGUGAUAUUCCGGGACUCACUGUCUACUUCUUCGGUUAUACGACAUUUUUGAGAUACGGCUGUUUAAUUGGCUUGUCUCCUUUCUGGUGUUCGUGCGUAUCAGGUGCUCUCGGCGGCGCACUGUCUUGGUGCGUUUCACUACCGUUUGAUAUUGUUAAAACUCGGAUGCAAUCAGGAGGUCUAAAUACGACGAGGGACGUAGUUCGCGAGCUCGUGAAGGAAAGCGACUAUUCGGUCUUUUUCCGUGGAUUCAAUGUUGCCAUACUGCGAGCGCUUAUGGUGAAUGCCUGUACCUUCACAGUCUAUGAGAUGUCCUACGCUUCGUUGAGCAAAUCCUCCACGGGAAACCGGAUCUGCUGAUCUCGCGAAGCCUCAGCAGCAUCAGUGAAUGAUCACACACAAACACACCAAUCAUUUCAGGUUCCAGAGACAUUUAUUUCCCUAUUCUUGAUAUAGCAUUGUAUUUUCAUUUUUUACAUGUGUUGAAUUUCUUGAACUUCUUUAUUCCAAGUUACUACUUAGUGUUCCUGAGCACACAUUGGUUGUCACAAACCAACAUGAAUAAAAAAUCUAUACACUGUGUCCGUUAGUUCAUCACGACCAGCCGAUUGUAAUGUCACAAAGACUGCAAAACCGUUUUCCUUAAACAUUUUCACAGAUAACACCCAAAUCAUCGUCAACAACAACCUCUUAUUUCUUCCGUGACACGGAAGGUGACAUCUUCACAAACGUUCUCUGCCCUUCAGUUCAUUCCAUGACAGACAGUGGAUCUACACAUUCUGAGGGAAAAUGGCUUUUCAAGGGAACGAUCAGAUUUCACGAAAUCCAGGUUCUUGCCACGGAUUCCGUUGACACUACCGUGUCCAGUCGGCCAGAUUUACUUUUUUCCCUGGUAACUUUUACCUUUGUCCGAUGCGAAGUGUUGGGCCUGACACCGAAAUACUCGCACACUGUUUAGUGAUGCAAGAAGUUUUACAAUUAUUAGUAAUUUGCCAAUAA